AUGGGUCCGUCAUCCACAGCGGGAGAGUCACGGCUCCCCCGGAGACCUCCCUUCCCCGCUCGUGCCCUUCCUCGCUCGCACCCUUCCCCGCUCGUGCCCUUCCUCGCUCGUGCCCUUCCCUGCUGGAAAGGAAUGAGCCGCUUCAUUCCGUGGUCUUUCCAUCUCGUAAUAGAAGCCUUCUCGUCGGAGAAUUCGCUUUCGAAGAAGAGCGAGAGGAAGCGGAAAGCGAGGGCUUCCCGAGCGAAUCUUGUGGAAUUUUUGGAAUGGCAUGCCCAGGAAGCGUUCUCGAUUGGCUGUGACCAAUCCCCCUCAGGGUUGGGUUUGCCUCAAUGCUCAUGCUACAGUAUGAGUUGGCUUCAAGCAUCAGGAAUUGCUAGCUUUGCUAAAAAUGCUCUGAAGGAAGCUCAAAAAACACUUGACAAGGCAUUAGAUAUUACUGAAGAUGAUGAACAGGAGAAUUCAACAGAAGAUGGAGUGGAUGAGCAAGAGAACCACAAGGAAGACAUUCCAGUUACCGAGUCAGAAACAGAAAACUUCUUCACUUCGUUUGGGCUAGCAGACAAGAAUAAGGCCUCAAAUAGAUUGACAGCAUCAUCAAUCUGGGGCUCCUUUGCUGGGUCUUUCUUUGAAACUCCAGCAAUUCCAGAAGAGAAGCCAAAGCAUGAUGAUUUGAGGAAGAACCCUGAAGCUGUGAUAAAUGCUGAGCCAAAAACAUCCCAGAGUGAUGUUGAGCUUGAGAGUGGAAGUGAAGUGACAGUUGGAAGCAGUGCAUGGGCGACUGCCAGUGAUCGCGGAAGCCUGACCAAUUCGGGCAAUGGAAACUUGAUCGUCUCAGGAAGUGGAAGCCUGACCGUUUCAGGCAGUGAGAGUGUGCAUAGUUGCCCCAGUUCUCACACGGUGGUGGAUGAUGGGUUCAUCCACUGCUCGUUGAACGAUGAGUCGGAGAACGAAGAGGAAAAUGAAGAUGACAGGGCCACACCAGAAAACCUGCCCGAGGAUCAUUCCCUUGCAUCUUCUGACGAGAGGUCUUAUGACUUCCCAAAAGUUGAAUCUGGACAUACUAGCCCUGGUCCCAUGUCUGGAGAUGAUGGUGAGACUGGCACAGGCACAUCAUCUGACAUUGAAGUGAUAUCAAGUCCAAGCCUUGACCUUGGAAAUGGGACACACUCUACUACAGCCCUGCUUUCACCUACACCCAUGCGUGUUUCCUCUGUUCCGGCAAAGAGAAGCUCCUGUGGAAAACCUAUACAAUCUGGUCACCGGAGGCAGGCAUCAGACACGUCAAGUGUGAAUUCUGAACCCCAAUUUGGUGAUAUGGAACGCUUACGAAGAAAAGCGCAGGAGUUGGAAGUGAAGGAAGCAAAAUGGAAGAGUCUUCAUAGCCAGUGGAAGAGUGACAUGGAAGAGAUGCAAAGUAAGAGAGAUGAGACCGAGAGGCUCCUCGAGCAAGCCGUCCUUGAAAAGAAGCAUAUCAUGGAGACAUACCAAGAGACCCAGAAGAAUGUACAAAAUCUGAGGGCAAAGUUAUCGGAGAAGGAGACUGUGGUAACCCAGCUGCGUGCCGAUACCGACAAGCUGAGCAAGGAGCAGCAGAACCUGUCUGGUGUGAUCAAGAAGCUUCGCUUGAAAGAAAAGCAGACUGACGGGCUGCUGACGGCCGAGAAGGAGAAGACGGCCAGACUGAAGUCAGACAUGGAGGAUCUACAGGCCCGACUCAAAGCCAAGGAAGAGGGAGAGUCGGAACAUGUCGAUGUCCUGCGGCAUCUUUCGGGCUCGGUCCAGCGUCUCGAGAAAGAACUUGCCGAGCGGGAGAGUGAACUUGAAUAUGCCAAAGACAGGGCUGAAAGCCUCAACCAUGCUCUGGAGCAGGCAUACAAGGAGAACAGUGACCUGAGACGGGAGAUGAGCAAGAAGGAUGCCGAGGUCAUGCAGGCAUCUUAUAGUUCCGAAGCAAGAUGGCAGCAGUCUCUAGAGGAAGAAAAGAAGAAGGAAAUGAUGGAGAAGGAAGCACUGAAGACUCAAAUCGAGGAACUGAGGAGGAAUCUUCAAUUGACGCAAGAGGAAGCCCAGCUACGAGAGGAGAGCUGGAGGAAAGAAGUGCAUGACCUGAAUCUCAGGUUAGAAGAGUCUGAAUCAAGGGUUCAGAUUCUGACACAGGAUCUUGGCGCUGCUACUCGGCCCUUAUUGAAGCAGAUCGAGACCCUUCAGACCCAGCUCAGCUCCAGUACAGCUGGCUGGGAUCAGAUUGAAAAGUCCCUCCAGGAUGAUCUCAAAGAAAGUCAGCAUCGAAUGCAGAUGGCAUUGGAAAAGCAACGCUCUUCUGAUCAGCGUUACAUGGAAAUCUCAGCGCAGCUAUCUCAGUUGGAGCUUCAGGUUCGAAUGGAGGAAACUGAGAAGCAGAAACUUGGUGCCCAGGUCAAGUCUCUUUCCCAACAGCUAGAAUUUUUCAAAAGCAAGCAUGAGAAGGAGAAAGAGGAAUGGGAAGAUUCUAGGGAAAAGCUGUCAGAAGAAUUGGCUGGAUUGUCUUCAGCUAACAGAACACUUGAACACUUGCUGCAGGUGGAAAGAGCUGCCCUGGAGGCAGAGAAGAGACGCUCAUCAUCAUUGUUGAGAACUCAGGAAGGGAUGAAGGAGGACACAGGGAAUCAGCCACCUAGUCCAACGGAAACUCUGCGAUCUUCACCCACUCCCUCAUUAGCGAGGCUGAGUUCUAUCUGUUCAUCAGACCAUCCCUGGCCUUCAUCAGUUGUUGAGGAUUUUGAUGUGAUCCAUGGGUCAUCAACAAUGUGGGAGAUGUUGCAGGCCCAGCUCAAACUCAAGGAUGGAGAACUGCAAGAAUUGGAACGAGCGAGGCGUGCCUACGAGGGGAUGCGGGACGCAAUGUCUCAGGAGAUAGUGGGACUGUCUAGUGAGAACGAAGCACUCAAGAUGGAUCGUGAAAGGCUCCAGCAUCUCACCACUCUCUAUCAGGACAUCCAGGAGAAAUAUAAUGCCUUACUUCAGAUGUAUGGCGAAAAAGUAGAAGAGAACGAGGAACUUCGGCUCGACCUCCAAGAUGUCAAAGAGAUGUAUAAAUCACAGAUAGAACAAUUGGUGAAUGGGAAGGGUGCAAAGAAAUAGGGGUUCCACUCUCUUGUUGACUCAUGCACACACUUGUUCUAUCCAUGGCCUUUACCUAUUCCUCUAUUGAUAUGAAUUUUCCAUUUCUUUUUUUUAUAUAAAACUAGGGAGGAGGAUUUUCCUAGUUGGGUAGAGGGGGGGAGUCACAAAUCAUCUGUGAUAGCAUUAUGUUUAAUAUAUUGAGGAUUAUUGAGGAUCAAUAAAG